AUGCCCACCUCCGGCCUUUUCGGGUCGACCGAGGCCGUCAUCGAUUUUCUCUGGGACAUUACUUUUCUCUUCUUCGUCAUCCGCCUUUCGUUUGUCUAUGCCGUGCUCUCGGCCGCCGCAUCGGCCGCUGUGGCCUGCCUCGCCCAUGCGGCCAUUCUGCCGUUCGUUGCGGCCCGCCAGAACGUCGGGGUUGGUGCCCUCGUCCACAAGGUCUUGGGCACGUCAUCGACGACCAAAACUGCCCUUGUGGUCCUUGUUUCGGCCGUCCUAUUUUCCGUCGUCGGCCUCUGUGGCCGCUUCAUGAUGGGCUACGCCAAGAUUCCCCAGCUGCGCGGCUUCCGCAUCCCCAUUGGUGUCGCGGCCGCAGUCUAUGUUGGCCUCGGCUGGCUCGCAGCGUCCGAGUUUGUGCCGGCAUGCCGCGGAAAGACGGCGACCACCACUCCCAAAGGCCAUGGCGUGGUCCCCGCCGACAACGCCCUGACUCUCGCGUCGUUCUGCCAAUCGACCCGCCUGCGGGUCGGCGGCAUUGCCUCCAACACCAGUGUCAGCGCAUGCACCAUUGUCGGUCUUGUCUUUGUCGCCGCCGUCGCGCUCGUGCCGUGGCUGUCCAUGGUCCUGUUGGAACGGCCGAACCGCCGCUACGGCCGCCACCGUCGUACCUCGUCCAACAUUGGCUGGCUGCGUGCCAUGAGUCCCUCGCCAUCUGCGAUUCCCGUCAACGAGAAGAGUCUGUCGUCACCACCCGAGCCGUCGACGUCAACAGACGAUUCUGAAGACCCGGCAUCUCCAAAGAAAACGAGUACCACGAGGGUGACACGGACUCCGAAGAAGCGGUACUCGCUUAGAAACACCACAACCCGGCGGACAACGUGA